UGAAGUGAAGGGGCUCCUUGUUGGGCUUGGGCUAACUUCGCUUGCCUCGCCAUGUGGAUCUCAAGUUGGUCUCAGACGGGAUAGAGACAUGCAAAGGUUCUACCUUUUGAGCUCUUCAAUGGGGUGAUUUUGCGUCCAUGGCGUUCGGUUCUGCGAGAACCGCAAGCUGCAAGCGCAAGCACACCCAUGGGAGCUGGCUCAUCUAUUGGCAGCUGUGUUGAACGGCCUUGGUGCUGCACUCCCAUCUGCGAGCGAGAUGGAGUCUACCUGGACCUGGUCACAGCGAUUCCCAGCCAUGGUGUCGGCUGUGGCGCCUUCGACGAAGAAGUCAUCGAGGUUGAGUGUCCAGCUGGAGCGAUCUUCUUGGAGACGCUCCAAAGUUUGAAUGCCUUGGACAGGAAUUUUCUGUAUUUCUGUGGAACUUCGAACUUGGUAGCUGUCCGCUGGCUGUUGCGCUUUGGGGCAUCUCCAUUCGCCCAUGAUUCCAACAACACCACUGGCCUUCAUGUGGCGUGCAGAGCUGGCUCCACGUAUGUUCUACAAGAACUUCUGAAGCAUCGGCCUGCGCUGGAUCGAGCUGAUGUGGCUGGUUGGACUCCACUUCAUGUGGCUGCACGGAUGUCGCGGUGCAACAUUGUGGUGAUGUUGUUGAAGGCUGGAGCACCCACUGGCUCACGAAACAGCCAUGGAGAGCUUCCUUCUGAAAUGUGUUUGGAUGGCGGGACUCAUGCGGCGUUCAGCUCCUUCCAAGAGCAUUUGCUUCAAAGGCCUGAUGCUGAAGAUACCGAAGCUCCUCUUCCAACACCCUUUUUCACACCGCAGCAUCCGAUCGCCAGCUUCCGUGGCAGCCAAGAAGUGGCCCAAAUGUCGCUGCGCAUCUUCAACGGCGGCGCGCCGGGCUUUGGCGUCGCGUUCAUUCGGGCCACAGGGUUGGUGCACGACUACCCUCGAAGUGCAUCCAAGUUCCUUCUGCAAGAGAGCAUCGAUCGCAAGGACGGGACGGCAAUAUGGUUUGUUUGGGUGUGUUGAGUAAGCCCUAGGAGCUCCUAGUAGUGAACAUUGUUACCAGUAGUAAGGCCAGGAGCUACUAGUAGCGAUGGCCUCCAACCCAGUCGAACCCAG